UGCUUCUGGCUGUGAGGUCAGUAUUAGUAAGUUAAUAUAUAUUGAGUGAGGUAUCUUUCAGUAGAAACACACAUGAAACAAGAUUCUGUGUUGACUAGUUUAAGAAAAUGUGACCAGAGGCUUACAAGGACCUAACCCUGUGUUUCUCCUCGGAGCAAAUGGUUUUCAUGCAGUAUCGUGGUAAUCUCGACAGAACCCGUAGGAAAUGCAGAGGUCACCUGGAAUCAAUAUGUCUGGGACCGAGGAAGCAGUUCUUGGGGCCCGUGGCAACCAUCCUUCUGUGGCUGGCGGCAACUCCGUGUUAUGCUUCGGACAGUAUCAGUACACAGCAGAUGAGUACCAGGCCAUCCAGAACGCUCUGAGGCAGAGGCUGGGCCCGGAAUACAUCAGUAGCCGCAUGGCUGGAGGAGGCCAGAGGGUAUGUUACAUUGAGGGUCACAGGGUAAUUAAUCUGGCCAAUGAGAUGUUUGGUUACAACGGCUGGGCACACUCCAUCACACAGCAGAAUGUGGAUUUUGUUGACCUUAACAAUGGCAAGUUCUACGUGGGAGUCUGUGCGUUUGUGAGAGUCCAGUUGAAGGAUGGUUCGUAUCAUGAAGAUGUGGGCUACGGUGUCAGCGAGGGCCUCAAGUCAAAAGCCUUGUCUUUGGAGAAGGCCAGGAAGGAGGCCGUGACAGACGGGCUGAAGCGGGCGCUGAGAAGUUUCGGGAAUGCACUUGGAAAUUGUAUUCUGGACAAAGAUUAUCUGAGGUCACUAAAUAAGCUUCCCCGCCAGUUGCCUCUUGAAGUGGAUUUAACAAAAGCAAAAAGACAAGAUUUUGAACCAUCUGUGGAACAAGCGAGAUACAGCAGCUGCCGGCAGAACGUGGCUCUGGGGUCCGCCAAACCACAGGAGGUGACAUCCCCUUGCAGACCGAGCCGCUCGGGUCAUCCGCACGCUGUGGGGCAGGAAGAGAAGGCCAGCGGCUCCCGUCUGACCGCAGCCGAGAGCGAGGCCACCUACCAGCGGAAGCUCCGGCAGAAGCAGCUGCAGCAGCAGUUCCGGGAGCAAAUGGAGAAGCAGCAGCAAGUUCAACUGUCUGCUCCGGAGGUUGAGAAGAAGACUCAGGUGAGUCUGGCAGCACCGCCAGCACCUCCUCUGACGCACAGCACCCCUGUGACUGCCGUUUCUGAACCACUCGCAGAGAAAGACUUCCUUACAGACAGUCUUGGAAUGUGGGAUAUGGAUCCAGAUGCAGGUGACAGUGAUGUCAGGCCCUUGUCUAAACCAGAACUGCUCCAGACCUCUGCUACACCAGCUCUGAAGAACCAGAGGGUGACCUGGGACAGGACCCCACAGAACAUGUGCCACCGGAAUCCACAAGCAAAAUCGGGACCCUCCCAUUUCCAAACUCACAACCUCAACCAAGAUGUAACAGGAAACUGUGAUAGCACUGGGAAGAACCAGGACUUGAAGAAAAGGAAAUUGGAUCCAUCCUAAUGGAGGCUCAGGUCACAUCCUUGACUUUGUCAGAAAGGGCCCUUCAAAAACUACUUUUUCGCCAUAAAACUGUUCAUCGUUCCUAGGGAAUGAGCUUUAUUUCCAAGGAUUUGCCUUGCUUCAACUUAACCAGAGGAUCUGACUGUUGGAACUUGCCGCAGAUAAAGCUGAGCAGUCAGAAAACCGCGCUUACACCCUGCAGGGGGAGGCUCGGAGAUGAACCACCUUUUCUUUGGCUCUUGAGGUUCUUCACUGUUUAUUGCUAGGCUGCUGUGUUAGUAUGUAUAGAAAUUUUAGGAAUGCCCAGUGGCUACCUGUCCUGUAAGCAACAUAAGCCGUACUACUAAGCACCAACUUUUACAACUGCCUACAAGGAACUGUAACGUCUGCCGCCUUUCUCCGUGGGGCUCGGUGUUACUGUUGUCCACAACUGUGUUGUGUAUCCUCCUGAGAACAAAAGCUACAGCGGCGUUUAGCUACCUUGCAAUCCUGGCUGCAGUCUUCAUCUAUGAUAAUCUCUCGUUUAUAGGUUUAUGGUGUCACUAUCCUGCAGUUUUUUUCCUGAUCAAGGAAAUGAUUGAAGGCCAAAGAAAAGGCAUUUUAAGACAGCAAAAUAAAUUCUUUGUAACAAAAAACACAAGUAGGUGUUUGUAUUUCUCCAUUUCAGAUGUGAGAUAUAACCCAUCUUAACUUGGGUUUUUUUCAUAGUUUUAAAUGUUUCAUAACCCCCUGCCCCCAUGAUGAAUUUGCAGGUUCUUUUUAAGAUGCAUCUUGGGCUGUGCCUUUCAUCUAAUCUUUAAGCUGUGGCUUUUAUUAAUUUUUCGAUCACAGAUCCAUUUGUGGGAAGCUGUGAACCCGAGGCAGGGCACUCCUUUAACCUACUGGAAGGCAGUGAGCCAUUUCUAUUCCCUUGGAAGAUGAAAAGGCUGUAGCUUACCAUGAUUUCCCCUUUAUCGUAUCUCUCGUCAUGUGGAUCUGGUCAUAUGUUCAUCUUUUGGUUUUGACAUCCUUACCUUUUUUCUUCCCCCAGAAAAAAAAUCUCUCCCUUUUCUGAAGCGUAAUCUUAGUUCAGAACUGCUGCUUUAAAAAAGUUCCCGGAAUCAGGAAUCCAGUUAUAAACUGUACACAACUCAAAACUGAGCUAAUGAGAUCAUGCAAAAGGAAUUUGCUGGAAAUGAAACCCCACAGCUCAACAAAAGCAAGUUUGGUUUAUUCGAAUGGUUUCAUUAAAUAAGUCUACAAAGGUAACAAACUGAAGCACGAAGCGCAGUCUUACAAGAAGCGCCACACCCAGAGUUAGUGCAACAUGUACAAUUAACGGCUGCUGAGAAACCCCCAAGGUUUGAAUUCAGUUUAUUUGUUUUUUUUAAACAGUGUACAUUGUUAAAUAAUGUAAGGAAAACAUUUAUAAUUCAGAAAGAUUUUUUGUAAUGUGGAAAAAGAUACUCAAAGUGUACUAUUAACACAAAAAUAAUUUAAACAGUUCAGUAGCACUAGUUCAUUCCUCUAGGCUUUAGUUACUUCAUCCACAGGAGGGAAAAAAAAUCAACAGUAAAUAAAACCAGUUUUUACUUUUUGUGUGUAAGUGAAGAGAUCUCAAAAUUAAACCAAAAUAACAAAAAAUAAUGUGCUGCAUUUGGUUCCCUCGUUCCUCUAGUAAAAAGUAUGGUUUCAUUGA